AUCUUUCUAUAGAUAGUGAUGGUACCAACUAUGUUUUAUUCGGUGAAAUAAAAAUAAAAUAAAAAUUAUCUUUAGUAGAGAUGGCUGAGGGGUUGAUAGCUCUGGUCUUGAAAACCGGCUUAGUUCGAAAAAAAGAACUAUCGUCGUUUUGCUGGAUGAAGAGUUGUUUAUUGGUUUUUGCUUUUCUCGACUUCUUAAUGCCUUCUUACAUCAGAGUAAAAAGGGCAGUGGAAAGGUGGAGGCGGCGGGCCGAAUGCAGCCACUACGUAUAUAAAAGAGGAAGUGGAAAAUUCUGGAGAAGAUUGUUCCUUUGCAUUCGUCGUGGCUUACGUUGUUACUAGUGUUUUUAUUGAUUGAAAGGGCCCCGCUCAAUUGCCGUACUCUUCGAGAAAUCCCUUUCUCGGUUCCUGAUAAAACCCAGGAUCAAAAGGAGAAUUUGAAUUUGAUCAUAGCUUUCAGUAGGCUAUAUAUACACUUUCUCUGUAACGGGACAAGCUCAAUCAUCAGACUGUAGACAUGGGUUGGGGAGGAAUUCUGGGUUUUGAGCAUGGGAUAGUUCUGGCACCACUGGGUCCGGAUAUUUCAGGGCCGGAGCUCGUGGCUGCGGUUGCUAACGCCGGAGGACUUGGGUUGCUUAGAGCUCCUGACUGGGAAUCACCAGAUUACUUAAGGGAGCUGAUACGGAAGACCAGAAGCUUAACUGACAAACCAUUUGGGAUUGGUGUUGUUCUGGCAUUUCCUCAUGAGGAAAAUAUAAAGGCUAUAUUAGAGGAAAAGGUUGCAGUGUUGCAGCUAUAUUGGGGUGAAUGCUCAAAGGAGCUUGUAAUGGAAGCUCAUAAUGCUGGCGUCAAGGUUAUUCCCCAAGUUGGGAGCAUUGAGGAUGCAAGAAAGGCCAUUAAUGCAGGUGUAGAUGCUAUCAUUGUCCAAGGACGUGAAGCAGGAGGUCAUGUAAUUGGACAGGAUGGCUUGAUUUCGUUGGUGCCAAGAGCUGUUGAUCUUGUUGGGAAUCGAGAUAUUCCUAUAAUUGCUGCUGGGGGUAUCGUAGAUGCACGUGGUUAUGUAGCUGCCUUGGCUCUCGGAGCGAAAGGCGUGUGCCUUGGCACUAGAAUCAUAAUUUCCACUGGUUUUCUGAACUUGUUUAAGAACCAAACCUGGAAAUCUAUUGUCAGGUUUCUUGCAACUCAGGAAAGCUAUGCUCACCCCAUUUACAAGAGGAAGCUGGUUGAACUUGAUAAAACAGAGUACACUGAUGUAUUUGGGAGAGCAAGGUGGCCUGGUGCUCCACAGCGUGCCCUCCAGACACCUUUCCUCUGUGAUUGGAAAUCCCUUCCUGCUCAUGAGAAUGAAGUGAAUCAGCCUAUCAUUGGUCGAUCAACAAUACAUGGUGUGGAAAAGGAAAUCCGCCGUUUUGCAGGUACAGUUCCUAAUGUGACAACAACAGGUGACAUCGAAAGCAUGGCAAUGUAUGCUGGCCAGGGUGUUGGCCUCAUCAAGGAAAUUCUACCCGCAGGGGAAGUGGUGAGGAGGUUGGUUGAAGAUUCUCAAAUUCUGAUCAAGCAAAAGUUCAGUGCGGAGCCACUCUAAGUUGAUGAAUGAUCUUGAUUUCUCAUGUCUGUGUGGAUCAGAAUUCCUACCCUGGUUGAUGAAGUCCAUUAGGCAUCAAACCAGUGACAUGCUGAUAGAUUUUACAAGAAUAAACAUGUUAGAUUUGUUGCUGUUAAAGAAAAAAAUGUUAGAUUAGUUCGGAGUUUUAUCUCAUGGUACACCUCUUUCCUAGCCUUUUGUUUAUCUGCUGCUUCUUUAGGCCCUUUAAAACACUGGAAAUUGUACAAUAUGUGUGCAAAUAAAGAAAAUCUUUGCAUUGUU